UUCCCCAUCGCGCCCUCUCCAAAACCACCCACGCCCCCCAAAACCAUCGCCGUCCCUUCAAUAAAAACACAAAAUCGAUUUUAUUCAUCUGCCGUAACUCCAGCCACCUCCAUGUUUAAAACCAAACGUCAAAAUGAUUAAAAUGAGGUUGUAGUGUUUAUUUACAUUGUAAGAUAAUUCCCAAAUCGGCACGAUUCGACCUUUUCACAAAUGGCAACGAAGCCUGGCACUGUCACAAAUCUACUCAACCGAAUCAACAAUGGGCAGAAGCGGAGGUUGUACCUGGAGGACUUUUUCUACUCGUACAAGUGCUCGAAGAUCAGUGCCCAGAAGAAGCUCGAGGCUAAGGAAAAAGACCAGUGUGUCGAUGUUAAGGUAUCGAGUAACUUGAAGGGUGGAGUUGAGGGUAGUGGCGGUGGAGGGGACGCUGAUGUAAAGCCUGUUGUUGACAAUUUGGUACUGGUAGACGGAAAACCUCCAAACAGCUCCACCUUCCCCCACCCCAAGCCUGAGUACAAACACAACACCCGCCGGAAACUCAAGUACGGCGACUCUGAGAAGAAGUACGUGUGCGACUACUGCACCUUCCGGUCCAAGUACCGCAAGAGCCUCGCCGAGCACAUCCUCCUCCACAAGUCCCGCGACGAGACCCCCAUCUACCGCUGCAGCGACUGCUCCUACGAGACCAAGCGCAAGCACUACCUGCGCAAGCACAGCCUCAUCCACAAGUCCGACGGCCAGGUGGAGAUGCACAAGUGCCCCGAGUGCGACUUCUCCACCAAGCGCAAGGACGGCCUCCAGCGCCACAUCCUGCUCAUCCACAACCACGACUCCGAGGCCAUGAUCUACAAGUGCCCCGAGUGCAGCUACCAGACCAAGCUGAGCUACAGCCUGACCUCGCACAUGCUGGUGCACAAGACGUCGGACGACUUCUACAAGUACCAGUGCAGCGAGUGCCCGUACAAGACCAAGGAGAAGAGGUCGCUGUUCAAGCACUCGCUGAGUCACAAGAGCAAGGACGAGAUCCAUACGUAUAAGUGUACGUAUUGUCCGUUCGAGACCCGGAGGAAGGCGAGUCUGACGAAACACAUGGCGCCCAUCGCCGACGACGAGUUCGGGAGCACCCACAAGUGCACGGUCUGCGUGUUCGAGACGACGCGGAAGAAGUGUCUGAGGAGCCACAUGCUGUCGCACCGGAACGCCAACAAGGCGUACAAGUGUCCGUAUUGUCUGUACGAGCACACGAAGAAGAAGAAGCUGACGAGGCACAUUUCGGUGCACAACGACGGGGAGGAGUCGUUCAAGUAUAGGUGUAAGGAGUGUCCGUUUAAGACGAAGUGGGUGGAUGCGCUGAAUACGCAUAAGUUGAGGCACGUGAAGGAGGAGGAUGGGGGGACGUAUAAAUGCAUGGUGUGUUCGUACAAUGCGAGGAACAAGGCGCAUCUGACGAGACAUUUAAAGAUGCACAAGAAAGUUAGCGGGGGGAUGUAAUUGUUUUUGUUGUUUUUUGUUGUUUUUGCCUGUGAUAUUUCGAGGACGUAGUAGGAGUAGUCUGUGUUCGAAGUACGUAUUGUGUACCUUCCUAUGAAAUGAGAAUAAAGAUUUGAAAAGUA